AUGUCUGCACGUAUAGAAUGGAGCGACUGGAAGGUCCCUGUUACGUGUCCCAUACCUGUCAAAUCUACGUUCGGUCAGAAUACUCGCAUCAUAACCGCCUUUAACGCAAAGGAUUGCAUACGUGAUUCCGUAGCGUUCAGCCUCUUCAUGCCCCGAACGGCUUCAUACAACAGCCUGUACCCAAAAGAGCGUGGGAACUUGCAGGGGAGUACAAGGACCUCUUCCUCGGACGUCGGCAAGAAAGGCGACUGGAUUGCCAAAUUUAUAAAACUCUGUGGCGAUGCCGAUUCAAGCCUCCGUGCCAAACUUUCCCCCUUGAGAAGCGGAAAAAAGGGCGACGGAAGAAAAGUAAGGGAAGAAGCCUGGGAGAGUUUGGGCUUAAUAGGAACACAUCCGCUUGCACACUCGCUCUCGCACGUGUACACGUAUGAACGCACAGUGUAUCGGGCACCGAUCAAGUCAAUAGCAUGUCAUGUGGAGAUCAAAAGCACAGGAGGCGAAAGAAGUCGACUGAUCACUUUCAGGAACGCGCUUUCACACACGACAAAAACGUACAACAUCGACGCCCAAGUAGGAGGUUCCUCGGCCUGCGCCACGGCUCUCAUGUGCGGCGUGAAGGCGAACGUGAACACCGUAGGACUCGACAGUAGGGGCAAGUUCGAGGACUGCAGGUCGUCCUUCACAGCUGGCGUCACGUCUAUCAUUGACUGGGCGCAGAAACACGGCAAGAGCACAGGCAUCGUGACCAACACUCGCCUCACCCACGGCACGCCCUCGGCCCUCUACGCCCGUUCGCCCUCGAGGUACUGGGAGGACGACGCCAAGGUCCCCGUGCACGCCCAUGCUACGUGCAAGGACAUCGCCCGUCAGCUGGUGGAGAACGAACCUGGAAGGAAUAUCAAUGUGCUACUGGGAGGAGGUCGUCGCCACUGGAUUCCCAUGACCGAAUUUGACCGAGAGGAGCGCGACCAGAGAGGACGAAGGACCGACGGGAGGAAUCUUCUAGAUGCUUGGGUCCACGACAAGAAGACACGUGACCUCCAUGCCGAGUACGUGUGGAAUAAGGCCCAGUUCGACGGCGUGGAUCCGAGAUACACGGAUUAUCUCUUAGGAAUCUUCGGGUAUUCCCAUUUGGACUUCGAGGUGGACAGAAACAAGGGACCGACAGGUGAUCCUUCCCUGGUGGAGAUGACCGUCAAAGCCAUACAGAUCCUGCGCAAAAAUCCGCAUGGCUUUUUCCUUAUGGUCGAAGCCGGCCGCAUAGACCACGCCCACCACCACAACAACGGGCGGAGGGCGCUGGAGGAGAUCGGCGCCCUUGACGAGGCAGUGAGAAACGCCCUCAACAUCACCCAGCCCUCAGAGACGCUCCUGGUCCUCACAGCUGACCACUCCCAUGUGUUUACUUUCGGGGGGGACAACACGCCCCGGGGACACCCUGUCAUGGGAUUCGACAAGGAGACGAGUGACCUGGAUGGCAAACCGUACACCACCCUCCUCUACGGCAACGGGCCAGGGUACGCCCACACCACGCCCACGGGAAGGCAGGAUCUCACGGGCUUCAACACGCAAGACAUCAACUUCGUCCAACAAGCAGCUGUUCCGAGGAAGUACGAGACCCACGGCGGCGAGGACGUGCCCGUGUACGCCUACGGGCCGGGGGCGCACCUGUUCUCGGGCACGAUCGAGCAGACGUACAUCGCGCACGCCAUCGCCCACGCCGCCUGCAUCGCCGAGGACAACAGUCACUGCGAGAAGCCGCCCAGCGACGACGCCUGCGCCGCCGCCCCUGGCCCGGCGCCCUCGCCCACGGCGCGCCGCCCGCUCGGCCAGACCACGCCCACCGUCGAGGUCCAGAAGCAGGAUCCCCGAGAUCCGUGGGCGUGGAGCGCUGGCUCGCGGGCGUGGAUGUGGACGACGUAUCACGCCCUCACGCUGGCGAUGGUGCCCGUGGUGCUGGCGCUGCGCUGAGACUCCUCGCCUUGUCAUACGAGUCUGCGUCGCCGCCCACCUCCCUCUCCCUCUCUCCCCCUCCCCCAGGGGAAGGGAGUCUAUCUAGAGACAGAACGCCCACGCCCCCCGAGCCGAGGCUAAACGGGGGCGCCACAUUUUGUUAGAUUGUCUUAGGAAGAAAUAAAAAAAAAUAAACAUUGCAACAGAUUUCUGAGCUUGAAAGCUUCAUAACAACACAGUAACAAGCUGUAGUGUAAUAUAUCUAUGUAUCUAAGAUAAAAUUAAAUAAAUUAAUUGCAUAAACGAAGAAAAAAAUAUAUAUAUAACUGAAAAAAAGAGAAAAGCAGAAUGUCAAGGUAUCUUUAUACGGGCCAGUGAGACUAAGGGGAAAGGAAGAAACGAAAGACAAAGAUUGGUUUUUGAACGUUAGGCUUUAGAGUGCAAGUAACUACCUCUCUGUACGGAGACUGCCGGUGGACUAGUUGUUUCAGCGUUUGACAAUCAGAGAAGUACGACGUCAAGGCAGGAAGAGACGGGAGUGCGAACAGUGGAUUUUUUUGUUUACAUUUUUCGUGUUUCAACGUGUCAGGAUCGAUGUAUCAUGAGGGAUUGCACUGACCCAUUUUUCAGAGACAUAUACAUCUCUUCUUGCAGCAACGUGCAAUGAGAUGGCGAGACAAACGCACACUUUUUUAUUUUAUUUUUAAGUCAUCCUUCACUCCUGGGAAGUCCUCUACACCCACAGGAGGAGAGAGGGUCUUCGAUGUUGAAAAGAUCUUAUAGCGAGUGAAAACAGGAGCUCCUCUGAAGGUCGGUUUGUUAAUGACUACGUGUUUCCGAAACCGUAUAAAAACAAUUAAAAAAAAAAGAUAGAGAGAAGAUAAUAAACAAAUGGAAAGGGAAGAUAAAAGGAAAAUAUUUAUUUCGAGACCGGAACGUGGAGCUCCGACUUUUUUUUUUCUCUCGAUUUUUUCUAAUAUACGCAUUUGUCUCUUUUUGAUUCAGGUAAAGUUGGUAUCUUUUAGUUUUGGUGUAUUUGCGUCAUAGGACUUCAGUAUCAAGUUUCUAAUUAUACUUUGCUGUCACCUGAACUUGAUGUCUAUUUUCAAGUUCGGGAUGAUCACCACUCGAUCAUAAACUAUUUGUCCAUGUAUAGCCAUGUCGUAGUUUAGCUUCACUCAUGUUUUAUACAAGCACAGACGCGUUCAAACGAGAACCUACUGUCAACGAUUGUCACAGCUGAUGAUGAUGACUUUCUCAACAGCUGAGGAUGAAGAGCAUCAGGUACUAAACAAAACAAACAAAUUGCUAAACAUAUAGACAAACAUUGUUGUAGUUUUUUUGUUUUUUGUUCCGACUGCAGUUUUUGGUUUUAUGUUUCUGUAUAAAUUCCAUAAGAAAAGAGGAAUCUUAGUCACGAAAGAUGACAUACCACUAUGUUAAGUCGUAUCGUCAUCAGUACACAUACUCAAUUUCAACCUUAAAUAUAUAACAAAGUGCAAUAUCCAAUGCAGAGGAUAAUUGAUGCUUAUUAAUAAUUUCCUAUUUUUUCUAUGUAACAGAAAGUUCAUUCAAUAUGUUUCUUGGGAUUUUAAGACUUGAAUAAAUCACGUCUUGCACUUAAUGGAUUGUAAGGAUAUCCUGUUAGGAGCAUUGACUUUUGUAUGCCUUUUAAUUUUAGUUUUAGUUACACAAGGAAA